UUGACUAAGAUGACACUCACAGAUCCACCCAACAUACUGGAAUCUGCUGGGUAUCAAACUGCUAAACUGAAUUCCUUCUCUAUUCACACCAAGCUCUACUCUUCUUGUAAACAAUGUGAUUCCACAUGCAUCAGUGCACUGAAAGAUCCCUGGAAUAGCUCAAAAGAACAAAGUCAUAUGUUUGGUAUUGCACCUCCUUACAAGGCCAAAUAUAACACACUCGAAAUGGAGUACUCACGUACAAGGGCUGACAGAAAUGUGGCCAACCCUGAUGCUGCCUGGAAUGUGUUAGCACAACAUAAAUGGCACAAGCUGCACCGGUUUUCAUCCCCAGAUCUUUAUAACAUGCAAGUAACUCCUCAAAUUGUGAAUACUGAAAUGGCUGGUGAAGUGGCACAUAAGAGAAGAAUAAGAUCAAAAAGUGCUUCACGGGCUCACACCAGCUACAUUCCUUUAAUAACUGAUGGUUCCCCACCUGUGGUAAGAAGGAAUUAUGAUUUUCAAAGGUCUCCAAAACAUUCUCAGUGGAGGCCAGAGGUGACUGCCAGAGAGUCCUUAUAUGGACCGACUUAUACAGUCAUUAAUGAGGUACAUCCUAUCAAACUGCAACCACAGAGGACUGAUGCUAUUAGGCACUCUCCUAUUUACAUGCCAGAAAGUUUGGAUGAAGGAAGAACUACUAAACUUGCCACUAGUCCUCAUGUAAGAUGUCGAGUGGACAUUAAGCCGGAUGAGGCAACUUUGGAGCAACAUGGUCAAAUGUCAUCCAUUUCAAGGGUGGACAUACCACCACAACGGUUUAUCAGUAGUGGCAGUCAGAGUCUUAUAGUGCCUCCCCAUGUCUCCACCUCCAGAACACCAACUCCUACUGAAUAUUUUAAAGGUGAAAAAACACCUACUUACCAGUUUUCGCAAAGUAUGCCAAUCAGUUACCUGCUGCCAUUAAAGACCCCAACACAAAGGAUAACAUCUCAAAGGGAGAUGAGACAGUAUGGAAGGGAGAGAAGGGCUAAGUCAAGCCUCAGUGUUCCAACUAAAAUCUCCAAUUUAGACAAUUUGCAGAAGUAUGAAACUUCACCCCCCAAAAGAGCUUACUAUCAGGAUAAUUAUUUUACCUUUCCUAGCCAAACCUACUCCUCUAACGUACAUUAUUUCCAGGAUAAAAAACCUCAUGUGGUUCAUACUGUACCUGACAGGCCAUAUUUCACAGAAGGAGAUCUUUAUCAUAGUGAACCAGCUCAGUACAUUAUACAGACACCCCCUGCACGGACCUUGAUUGGGGAUGACCCUAGGACACAUCAGGUUCAAACAGUUCCUCCUAGGAUUUUCUAUGUAGGUGAUCCCUGUGUACCCCAGGUGGAAACCUACAUUCCAGCUCAAGUAUAUUACACAGAGGACAGGCAUCCGACACACAUGGUUCAGCCAAAGUCACAUGAUUUAUAUGGCUCAGAUGUGUCUGGAUAUUCCACACCUUUUCCUUCAUACACAUCUCAAGUUGCACUAGCAAAAGUUAGACAGGAGUCCAUGUUUACCCCUUGGUACAAUAACCCGUGUAUGGAGCCAACAAGAUCAGUAAGUGACCCAAGGUCUCACUCAAGGUCUUGGGACAAUAUCCUCAAUACUCAUGUAGCACGGGAACAACCUGUGUCUCAUGGAAAAAGUGAUGAGAAUCUCUUGUGUCAAAGGAACCAAACUUUGCCAAUAGAUGACAGACCGAAACCUGUGGUUGUUAAUCUUUCAAGUUCACCUAGACGCUAUGCAGCUUUAUCUUUGUCUGAUAAUUCCUUGAUUGACAAAAGCCCUGUUGAUACUAAAGGAACCGUAAGCAAACAGUGGUAUGUCACUCCUGAAAUCACUAUUACAGACAAUGAUAUCAAGCCUUUCAAGGGCUAUAAGGCAGAGGCACGCUCAGCCAGUUGGGAUGUGCUUGAUUCUAAAACAGCUCCAGGUGAAGAUGCCACUUACCAUGAGACAGUUCCUUUUCCAACUAAAGAUAAGACAUAUCGCAGCACCUCACUUCAACAAAGCUUAGAACAACUUGACAAACUUUUAGCUGAUCUGGUUAUUGAUUAUAAACCACCCGCUAGUAUACAGACCAGUGAAGACUUGAUGGAUCAGCUCAAGAAGCUUAUUGAUGAAGAUGCAGUAUCACCAGGUAGAAAUAUUUCAAAGGCAGUAUAUGAGAGUUCCCUGUCCCUUGACAAACCAUCAACAUCCAUAACAACAGAUCCUCACACUAUAAGGGACACUGAUGGGAGGUGUGAUGGUCUGCAAAAUAAUGAAAAGUGCUCCCCAGACCAGAGCCCAGAUGAGGAUGAGACAAUGAUGUGUUCUAACAAUAAAUGCCGUCGGACAGAGACAUUAUUUAAUGCUUGCCUUUACUUUAAAUCAUGCCACAGCUGUUACACCUACUACUGCUCUCGCAAUUGCCGCAGAGAGGAUUGGGCUAUACACAAAGAGAGCUGCGUAUAUGGAAAAAUUGGUAGUAUAUGUCGCCACAUAAUUAAAUAUUGUAGAGAAACUCCAGAUGUCCACAAAGCUUUCUCACGUACAGCCAAAGUGGGAUAUCUAUCCCGGGGAAGAGGUGUGCUGUUUUUAAGCUUUCCAAACCCAGGAUCAUCAACAAACUUUCUUCAGUAUGGCCUAGAAAGCCUACUAAUGUCCCCAACAUAUCUGUCUAUACGUGAACUAGAUAGUUACAUGGAUAACCUUGGAGAUUAUUGUCAGGAGCUACAGGAAGCAGGAAAAGAAUAUGACCCAAAUGAAUGUUUUUUAUUGAAUGUAUCCAUUGCUGUUGGUGAUCAAAUGACUGAAAGAUCACCACCACGAGUAAAAUCCCAAACAGUUAGGAAGUAUGCCAAGGUUGCUUUAGCUUCAUACAGCCCAGACAGAAAUGUCCAUGGAAAAGAAUUUGAAAUGGAGACUUUGAUUCUCACUCCACCACCAGGUACAGCUGACAUUGACAAGGAAGGUGAAGAAGGAAGAAAAGCUAGAGAGAUUUGUUUCAUUAACAUUCAGCGGGAGCUAAGAAUUCGUGGGGUGUUCCUCCGCCAUGAGUACCCCCAUGUAUAUCAGAAACUCUGUGAGUUCGUGGAGAGCAAUAGAAGGUUUACUCCUACCAGUAUUUAUCCUAUUGACAAGAGAACUGGAAAGCAGUUCAUGUGCAUGAUUAUGGCAGCAUCUGAGCCACGGACUUUGGAUUGGAUUGCCACCCCUCAUCUUCUAGAUGACAUUAUAUAAACAAAUACACUAUUAGUAAUAUAGUUAUAAUUAAUG